AUGAUGACCAUGAUGAUGAUGCAGCGUUUGCUCCAGAACAACAACAAAAACAACAACGGGUACGCUGCGGACGACACGAGGCUGAACGGUAUCCGUCACCACUCGGCCAGCCCAUUCUCGAAACCGGCCGCCGCCGCCGUGCAGGCCGUGGCCGUGACGUCAAUGGCUGCAGACAAGGAGACGGCCGGAAACGAACAGACAACGGCGCACUAUCAGCCGUCGCCGCCCUCCUGCACCACAGCCGCCGCCGUGCAAACCGCCGGAACGUGCACCGCGACAGUAGUCACCGUGCAGGCCGCGCCGCCCGAGCCCGACGACAGGCUGCAGACGUCCGACGAGGACGACGAGCUGAACGUGGACGAAGACCCGGUGGACCUCACCAACAACCGGUUGCACGGCGGCGCAGCGCUGCUGCACCGCCAGCAAGACAACUGCAGCAAUAAGGCCGGCAGCACGGCAGCCACCGUCCCGAUGGACACGAUGGCCGCCAACGAUUACGAGACGAGUAGCGGCGCGUCCUGCACCAAUAAGGGCCGGCUAGCGUUUUCCGUCGAGAAUAUACUCGACCCGAACAAGUUCACCAAAAAACUAAUCAUGGCGCCCGCCGCUGUUUUGCCCAGGUGGAGGCCGCGGGUCGACUUCGUCACCGACCAUUCCGUUGCCG